CUGCGGCGCGCGGCCGGUCGCUGCGGGCCCGGGCCCCAAGCCGUGCCGCUCCGCUCGCCCGGGCCCCGCCGAGGCCGCUGCGCCCCCGCCUCCUCGCGGGAGGACUCGCUCCAAACUCCCUGAACUUCGGGGACAGUCCCCCGAAGCGGCGAAACUCUCAGGGUUGGCAACCCUGCCUAGGGACCCCCAUCCCGGUCGGCGCUCCGGACGCCCUCCCCUCACCGCGCCCCCGCAGACACGUGCCUGGACUCCGAGGGCUUCUGGAGCCCCCGGCCGGGCCACGAUGCUCAUGAGGAAAGUGCCCGGCUUCGUCCCGGCCUCCCCGUGGGGGCUGCGGCUGCCGCAGAAGUUCCUCUUCCUCCUCUUCCUCUCGGGCCUGGUCACCCUGUGCUUCGGGGCCCUCUUCCUGCUGCCCCACUCCUCUCGCCUCAAGCGCCUCUUCCUGGCCCCCCGGACCCAGCAGCCUGGCCUGGAAGUGGUGGCUGAAAUCGCCGGCCAUGCCCCGGCCCGCGAGCAGGAGCCGCCUCCCAACCCGGCCCCCGCCGCGCCGGCCCCGGGCGAGGAUGACCCCAGCAGCUGGGCCAGUCCCCGCCGCAGGAAAGGGGGGCUGCGGCGCACCCGCCCCACUGGACCCCGCGUGGAGGCCACGGCGGCCCGGGGCAAUAGCAUCCCGGCCUCCAGGCCCGGGGACGAGGGCGUCCCUUUCCGCUUUGACUUCAACGCAUUCCGGAGCCGCCUCCGCCACCCGGUCCUGGGAACGAGGGCCGAUGAGAGUCAGGAGCCCCAGAGCCAAGUGCGAGCCCAGCGGGAGAAAAUCAAGGAGAUGAUGCAGUUUGCUUGGCAGAGCUAUAAGCGUUAUGCAAUGGGGAAAAACGAACUCCGUCCACUAACAAAAGAUGGCUACGAGGGUAACAUGUUCGGAGGCCUCAGCGGGGCAACAGUCAUUGACUCCCUCGACACCCUCUACCUCAUGGAGCUGAAGGAGGAGUUCCAGGAGGCCAAGGCCUGGGUGGAAGAGAGCUUCCACCUGAACGUGAGCGGAGAAGCAUCCUUGUUUGAGGUGAACAUCCGCUACAUCGGGGGACUCCUCUCAGCCUUCUACCUGACAGGAGAAGAGGUGUUCCGAAUAAAGGCCAUCAGGCUGGGAGAGAAGCUCCUGCCGGCGUUCAACACCCCCACGGGAAUCCCAAAGGGCGUGGUGAGCUUCAAAAGUGGGAACUGGGGCUGGGCCACAGCCGGCAGCAGCAGCAUCUUGGCGGAGUUUGGAUCCCUGCACUUGGAAUUCUUACACCUCACUGAACUCUCUGGCAACCAGGUCUUCGCUGAAAAGGUCAGGAACAUCCGCAAGGUCCUCAGGAAGAUCGAAAAGCCCUUUGGCCUCUACCCCAACUUCCUCAGCCCAGUGAGUGGGAACUGGGUGCAACACCAUGUCUCAGUUGGAGGACUCGGGGACAGCUUUUAUGAAUAUUUGAUCAAAUCCUGGUUGAUGUCGGGCAAGACAGAUAUGGAGGCUAAAAAUAUGUACUACGAAGCCUUGGAGGCAAUAGAGACCUACUUGCUGAAUGUCUCUCCCGGGGGGCUGACCUACAUUGCCGAGUGGCGAGGGGGGAUUCUGGACCACAAGAUGGGGCACCUGGCCUGUUUCUCCGGGGGCAUGAUCGCCCUUGGCGCCGAGGAUGCCAAGGAAGAAAAGAGGGCCCACUACCGAGAGCUCGCAGCCCAGAUCACCAAGACGUGUCACGAGUCAUACGCCCGCUCAGACACCAAACUCGGGCCUGAGGCCUUCUGGUUUAACUCCGGCAGAGAGGCCGUGGCCACCCAGCUGAGCGAGAGCUACUACAUCCUCCGGCCAGAGGUGGUGGAGAGCUACAUGUACCUGUGGCGACAGACCCACAACCCCAUCUACAGGGAGUGGGGCUGGGAGGUGGUGCUGGCCUUGGAGAAAUACUGUCGGACAGAAGCCGGUUUCUCCGGGAUCCAAGACGUGUACAGUAGCACCCCCAACCACGACAACAAGCAGCAGAGCUUCUUUCUAGCGGAGACACUAAAGUAUCUCUAUCUUCUGUUCUCUGAAGAUGACUUGCUCUCCCUGGAAGACUGGGUGUUCAACACCGAGGCCCACCCACUCCCGGUGAACCACUCAGACAGCUCCGGCAGAGCCUGGGGCAGACACUGACCCCAUCUCCUGCCGCCGCCCUGGGGCCGCUGCAGGGAUGCCUUGCCUUUUCAGGAUUUGAGACUGUUCUCAAAGGGAUUGGGAACGAAGGCCCCAUCUCGGGCAGACCCCCAGCAGAUGUGUCGGACAAGCAACUUCUUUUCCUCUGUGAGGAGACAAGACUUGGAGACUCAGCGAUGUCAGGCCAGGGCCAUGGCCACACUGGCCCACACAUUCCUUUCUACAGAGAAUUUCUAUGAAGCCCACUCACUUGCCAUUCCAGGGCCAAAGGACCGGAGGUUUGCAUAUCCGCCCCUUGUAUUUGAUUUGCUUCCUUUUGGUUUCUUGGUUUUUGUUUUUGCUUGAUUUUGUCUUUUCUCUACAGUUUAGUUUUGUCACAAUUAUACAUAUAGUUUUCAAAAUCAUGCACUUUCUAAAAUGGUGUCAUCCUGAUAAACAAAACCCAGUGUUUGCACACACACAAAAUCUUGACCCUGUUAUCUAUAUUUUAAAUGCUUUUUGCCCAACACUGACCCUAUGUUCAACUUUGUGUCAUUUACCUUAUAAUUUGAGGAGGGGUUUCCCUUUGGGCCUCAGUGUUACAAAUUACUAGUGCUAUUUUCAUUAUUAUUGUAAUGGAAAAAUCUGUGGACUAAAAUAAAAGAGUUUAUUGAGUAAGAAA